AUUUGCCAUAAACAUCCUUUUAAUUUCGAAAGUGUUAUUAUUUUAUAGCCACCACAACAAUAUCAGUGUCGAGGGUUUUGCUUUGUUUUGUUAAUUUCCCUUGAAAGAUCAUGCAUUAUUGUACUUGAAUCAACUUAAUUAGCAAUCAGAACCAAAUUUUAUGAGAAUUAUUUUGACCCACCUCAUCUCGGCUAAGCUAGAAGCAUUGCCAAAGCAAUCAGCUUUGGGAACACCUCGACCACAGGCAAAGCCGAUAAAGGAAAGUACAUUAUUGUAUCAUCUACCCACAAAAACAAACAUGAGGAGAAAUUUAAUAGCCUCCAAUUAAUAUCUAAAAGCCCAAUCUUCAUCCCUCUAUUUUUCCUCUUCCUUCUUCUUAUGGAUUCAAGCAAACCGGAAGUGGUUACUGAAAUCCCAGGUGUUAUCAGAGUCUAUAAAGAUGGUCGUGUUGAAAGACUCAUUGAAACUGACUUUGUCCCACCAUCCACUGAUCCCCAAACCGGUGUUUCAUCCAAAGACAUAAUGAUAAUCCCUGAAUCCAACGUUUCUGCUCGUCUCUUCCUUCCGAAACUGACCAACCCUAACCAAAAGUUACCUCUCCUUGUCUAUUUCCAUGGUGGAGCCUAUUGCGUCUCAUCACCAUUUACUCCAAAGUACAGUAGCUACCUCAACGCUUUGGUUGCUGAAGCUAAAGUGAUUGCAGUUUCUGUGAACUAUAGAAAAGCUCCUGAGCACCCUAUCCCUACUGCUUAUGAGGAUUCUUGGGCUGCUCUUCAAUGGGUAGUUUCACACUGUAACAGCCAAGGACCUGAGGCUUGGCUAACUGACCAUGCCGACUUUGAAAGAUUGUUCUUAGGUGGAGAAAGUGCCGGUGCUAACAUUGCUCACAACUUGGCUACUUUUGCUGGAGACCCUAAGUUUGGGCAAAACGUACAGAUUCUUGGGAUAGCUUUGGUGCACCCACAUUUCUGGGGAUCGGAUCCAAUCGGUUCAGAGGCAUUGGACCCUGCUAGAAAGGCCAUUUUGGAUAGGUUAUGGCCAUUUGUUUGCCCAUCUAAUCCGGAUAACGAUGACCCAAGGGUUAACCCAGUAGCCACUGAUGGGCCAAGCUUGGUGGGGCUUGGGUGCAAGAGGGUUUUGGUGUGUGUGGCUGAGAAGGAUGUGCUAAGAGAUAGAGGGUGGCUUUAUUAUGAGGCUUUGGGCCGAAGUGGGUGGACCGGCGUAGUGGAAAUUAUGGAGACAGAAGGGGAGGAUCAUGGGUUUCAUUUGUCCGACUUGGAGUGUGAGAAAGCUAAGGAUUUGAUCAAUCGGGAUAUGCCUCUUUUCUUCUGAUCAUAUCAAUGUAAUCCUGUCCUCAAAUAAUUUGCUUUAGUUCCCAUGAUAGUGUUAAUUUACUUCUAUCAUCAAAUCAAGUUAUUCCCUAAAAGGUUUGU